GGGGUGGCGGUGGCUGUGGUGGCCCAGCCUGCUUCUCCCAGCCCCGGCCUUCAAGCCAUGAAGCCCAGACGGGUGACACCCCAUGAGGACGUGGCCCCAGCGGCUCCAUUUUCCCCCAACAUUCAGUCACUUCCCUGGAGCAAUUUUUCCUGCCCAGCUGGGGACCAGCGAGUGGGCUGUGGCCCCAGACAGCAGCAUGAGGCCCAAACCUCUGGGUAGGGCCCAGGCGGUCCUCCUUUUUCAUUGAGCCAGGUGGUUUCAGCGGGCGAUGAAAGGCCCUCCUUAGCUUCGGAACUAAACUCUCUUCACCCCAACUUCCUCCAGGGCAAGGGGAGAUCCCAGGAAAAGGUUAUUUACAGAUUUUCCAAGGCCAACGCCCUGCAAGGAACCCCCCUCCAACCUUCAUUGUAGGUCUGCAUGGGGCCUGGGCUUAGCGCCCUUAUUUGGGGUAAACUGAGGCCCAGGACAAGCCUGGCAGAGCCCAAGGCGGUUCGGGGCAGAUGACCUCACAUUCAUCCUCAAAGGUUGAAUGGUGGGGAGGGGCUGGAGUCUCUUCCUCCCUCUGAGUCCGGGCUCUUGGAGGUGGUAACUCCAGGCUGUGCCAGGUUGUGGAGGGUCUGGGGCAGAGUCUGAGGGGCACCGUGGAGCUGGAGCAGGAGACAGGGCAGGGUGUUCCAAGCACAGUCCUUCUGGGCAUGGGAGAGAAGUCCCGAGACCCUGGGUCACUCCCCAAGAUAGCUCUGAGGCCUCCUGCUCAGCCCUCACCUAUGCAGGGAGCGAGUGUGCCCCCCCAGCCCUGCCUCUGCCAUUACUUAUUGUCUCUGGUGUGGGUUGUCAUGUAAUUGGCACCAUGUUGUCUGUAGGACAUUACAAUGUGCUUGUGUCCUGGUUUGAGUUGGCAACCCGCAAGGCCCUCUGCAUGGUGGAGCCUGGGGGUGGCAGUUUCGUCCCUUCCCCUGCCCAGGUGCUUCGUCCUCAUGGCCAGGCCUGGUGACUUGGCACGUCCCUGCUGCCCCAAGCUCAGCUUCCUUCUGCUGGGCAUUCCUGCCCCACUAGCUCUUGGCUCUCCCCUCCCUCGUGCCUCUGCCCAGAGAUGUCCCAAAGGCCCUCAGGGCCACGCUGGGCCAGGGAUGUGGCUGCCAUAGCAGAGGCCCUGGGCUCUGGCUGGCCUGUCCCCACCAGGUGGCCUUGCCCUCCCAAGUUGGAGAUCUUGGCACCAGAUGCUGAAUGCAGCGGCAGGCUUGGAGUCAGCCCUGGCCACAUUAAGGACACAGGUGACACCCUGAGGAUCUGGCAUUGGCCGCUUUAGGCCUAACUUUCCUGGUCAGGGUCUCUGAAAAGUGGCCCAGGCACAUUGGUCUCAUUUCAAUGAGACUCAAUCAGAGGCCUGGUCUGGUCCUGGCCCUACCGCCCCAGCUGUCCUUCAGCACGACUCAGGGUGGGGACCCCAGGCUGCUGGGUCUGUCUCUUGGGAGGGGGUGCUCUGGAAGGUCAGGGUGAUCCAUCCCUGUGAGCUGAGGGUGAUGCAGCUGAGAGCUUGGGACAGAGAAAGCCUGGGCCUCCCUGCAGGGCACCUGCCCAGUGGGGACACAAGAUGACAGAGACCUCACCAUUGGGGGCACUCAGGCACUACAAACCUGGCAGCUCUUGUUUCCGGCUGAGUUGUGGCCAGAGCAGGGCCUGGUACGCCCCUGAACUUUCUGAAUGGACCAACAAGCUGAGCCUGAAAACCCAGAGGAGCCUCGAUCCAGGAGAUGGAGACCGUGCCCAGCAUCCAGCUAGAGCCCAGGCUUUCCCCAGGGCAGCAGGAGGGCCUGGGGGUGGCUGCCUUCAGGACAAUGGUUUCUGCCCUGAACUGGCACCUCCACCCCUCUGCUUCCUAGAGGGUGACCUGGGCAGAGCCGCUGAGUCCUUCAUCCCCUUAGGACAGAGGGGAUGCCCUGUGGCCACAGCACACAGGAUCCUCAGCAGCCAUAGUCCCACUCUGGGGUGUCCAGUGUUUCAAGGAGGAGAGGGGACAGGGGCCAUGUCCACCCCCUUGGCCCUCCUCUUGGACCCCAAGGUCAGGCUGGAUCCUUUUAUCCUGUGGGGAGCCCCUGCCUUGGCCAUCGGGAUGAGUUUCCUCAAGUCCCUGGACAAGCGGGUCAGAGACUCCCUCGAUGUCCCCCAGGGCCGUGGGCACACCCACCCCCCCGCAGACAGGUGCCCUGAGAGCUCCAGAGGCAUGAUCCCCAUCCCCAUCCCCAUCCCCAUCAGCGGAGAAGCCAGAACCGCAAUUGUUCCAUCUGGGAAAACCCAGCUGGAGCUGAAGGGCCCGUGCCCCUGCUGCAAUUGUGCUGAAAAUGUUUCUCAAAUGACCCAAAUUGGCUCUUAUUUUUUCUUAUGGCCCCUUCAAAGUAUUCAUGAAAUGAUGCUGUGUCACAAAGCAAAAAUAAAAGAUUUCAUGGCAAUGGCUAGUUCAAGCGCGCAGGGAGCGGCGUGUUUUAAUCAAUUUAUCGAUAAAAACAGUAUGGUGCUGACACUCCAGGGGAAAUGUUUAUUGAGUAAAGCAUCUGAGGACCUGAUGCUAGGCAGGUAAACUGCUGGUGCUCAGCAGCGAGAGGACGCAUCACUCUGCUGUCCUGCAGGGUGAGGCCCUCCCCAUGCCUUGCUGAGAGCCACCUGCAGACACAGCAGGUCGCAGCAGAAUGCACAGGUCACUGUUGUAGGGGAACAGACCGUAAUGCCCACAUAGAGAAAACCUGAUAGUGAAA